AUGCUGCUCUUUCGCGUUCUUGCCUCUGUCCUUUUGGCCCAAGCAACCCAUGCAUUGACGCCAGUCACCCAAAACGCGAGGGGCCAGAAGAUUUACACUGCGCCAAUUGGUUCUCGUGUCAAACAGUCUGGUCGCGACAUGGAGCUCUUUGCGCCAGACGGCUCUCUCCUGCAUACCUUCACAAACGUCGUUUCAGGCGGGACCAAACCCAAGCGGCAAAUUCUUAGUGUAACAGAACUCGUCGCUCAGUUCAACGUUACUCCCACCGACACAAUCGAAUCAUUUACUACCACCUUCGUGGUCCCCCCUACGCCUGAAGCGUUCGACAGCCAGAUCAUCUUCAUAAGCGCCAACAUCCGUGUUCUCGACCCACCAACCGGCCGCCCUUACGCCACGGUGCGCCCUACCCUUCAGUAUGGCGGCAGCUGGCUCCAAGGUGGACCUUUCUAUACCUACGCAAUGCAGGUGGAAUUCGAUGCGCAGAACAUCCUCCAAUUAGUCGGAUUCGAUAACUCAACUCUUGAGGUCGGCCAAACACUCGACAGCACUAUCGUCCGCAAUCAUGAAUUGGAAAAAGAAGCUCCUGGCGUAUUUUGGUACUCCGCGAGUUUCCCUAGUAUCAGCAACGACACCGUCAUAGACAUGGGUUGGCAGACACCCCCAAGCGUCCUUACUCUUCAGUUGGAGGAGGAAGGUGUUCUCCAGCCCAGUCAUUACCCGGCGGGUUCGCUGGUCUUUGAACACAUCAAUGUCAAUAUGACAAGUGGCCCACCUGAGAUGUCGUGGCAACCUAACGUCGACCCCGCCAGCCAAGCAGAGUUCAAGGUCGAUGUUGACGGUGCCAAGGAAGGCAAAGCUGAACUUACCUUCUCGCGCGUGUAG